CCUUAAUAGUUGGAAAGAGGAGAGUGUUGCAAGUAAGAAAGAACUAAUAAUAAUGGCAAUGGCUGCUCAAUUUAAAGAUACAGAGAAUAUUGACAUAGACAAACUGACAAAAUUAGUUGCAGUGAAUGCGGGGGAGUUUAGUUCUAGUAUCGAAAAAAAAGAUUGGGAUAGGGCUCUGGAAAUAUACGAGUCGUGUGAUCAUCAAGAAAGAGAAGAUUUGCUACGUAUGAAGAUCACUCGUUCAGGGGGUACAGCUUUACACAAGGUUUUACGUAUGACUCUCAAGGACGAAAAGAAAGGCAACGCUGCUGCGACUUUCCUAAACAUAAAAGACAGCGCAGCGACUUUCCAAAGCAAAAAAGAGAAGGCUGCGAGUUUCGAAAAGAAGAAAAAGAUUGUGAUGAAGCUGGUUGAGGGGUUGCAGUUUGUUAACCUGAAGGAUUUAGCUGAUGACAGAAUGAACACUCCUCUCCAUCUGGCAGCUACAAUGGAGGGCCAGCAAGAAAUAUGCGUGGAAAUGGCUUUUAAUCGACCUGAUGGUAUCGGUCUACGCAACGAAGAAGGCGAGACUCCUCUCUUCUUGGCAGCUCUCUAUGGUUAUUCUAAAGAUUCCUUCAUUAAUCUCUGCGAGAUCUGCUGCAAUAAUGAUCCCGAUUCCGGCCUCACCAAAAUCUACGAAUAUGGCAGAAGGAGCAACGAUGACAGCACUGUUCUUCACUGUGCCAUCAAUGAAGAGUACUUUGAUUUGGCACUUGAAAUAGUUCAUCGGUUUCCAGAGUUUGUACACCAUCUUGAUCAGAAAGGAUAUUCACCUCUCCAUCUUUUAGCCACGAAGGCCACUGCAUUCAAAAGUAGUUGUCCCCGAACUUGGCUGCAAGAUACCAUUUAUCGCUGUUUACCAGAAAAUAUUUUGAAGUGGACAAAAGAUCGUGUGCGUUAUUACAAGUCCAAAACCACUGAUCCAGAAGGUGUUUGGAAGACAGUGAAGUGUUUCCUUGAACCGAUAGUGGUGAUUCUAGAGAUGAAAGAAAAGCACAGGAAUUCUAUUGAGAUCAUGAAUAUGCUUCUCUCGGAACUUCUAUCACAUAAUUAUUUGAAUGGAUGCAAGCCCGAAACAAACUAUAAAGACACACCGAUACUAAUUGCAGCAAAGAAUGGUAUAAAGGAAUUAGUUGAAAAAAUUCUUGAUCUAUUUCCUGAGGCCAUGUAUGAUACCAGCCCAGAUGGAAAGAAUGUGAUGCACAUAGCAUUAGAAAAUAGGAAAAUUGAGGUUUACAAGGCCUUGACGGGUUGGACUCUCAUAAAAGAUUUGUUACACCAUAAUGAUGAAAACGGAAACAAUGCAUUGCAUCAUGCUGCAACGGUUGGUAAAUAUCCGCCAUGGAGGGCCCCAAAAGCCGUGCUUAAAAUGCAAUAUGAAAUCAAGUGGUUUGAGUCUAUCAAGGGACCUCUACCAAAAAACAUGUUGGAUCACCAAAAUAAAGAAGGCAAGACCCCGUAUCAGACAUUUAUGGAGACACAUGAAGAUCUCGUGAAAAACGACACAGAUUGGCUAAUGAAAACCACGGAUUCUUGCACCCUCGUGGCAGCAUUAAUUGCAACGGUCGCCUUUGCCACCUCAGCCAGCUUGCCUGGCGGCAUAAAUGGAGACAACGGAGAACCAAUUCUCCAACAAGAUCGCAUGUUUGAGGUUUUCGCCAUCUCAUCGCUCGUAGCGCUCUGCUUUUCACUCACUGCGGUGCUAAUGUUCCUUUCCAUUCUCACUUCUCGACACGAAGCCAUGGAUUUUCAUGUUUACUUGCCCAGAAAGCUCCUGAUAGGUUUGACGGCGCUUUUUAUAUCAAUAGCUUCCAUGUUGGUAUCUUUUUGCGGCGGGCAUUUCUUCGUCCUCAGAAAAAUAGUUAAACAAGCACAGGUUGUUGAAUAUUUAGUGGCGUUUCUACCUGUGAUGUUUUUUAUCAUAGCACAGUGCCCUCUCUACGUUAAGCUUUUCUGGGCUACAGUAAUCAAGGACGAGCCUUAGCGUGCCUCCAAGUUAAUAAAUAAUUUUAUGUAUGUUCUUGUU